AAAGAGAGAGAGAGAAAGAAAGAAAGUGGCGUGGAAAUGACUCGAAUUAUGCGCUUUCCUCUCUCUCUCUCUCUUGUUUGGUAACGAAAUGAGAUAGCUUCUCCUCCUUCUCCUUCUCCGUCCCCGCCCAUAACUCCCUCGAUUUCUUCGCUCUUCUCUGCUCGAAAACCCUAGCCCUCCUCAUUUCCCUUUACAUUUUCCCUCUUCAAACUCUUCUUUUCUUCAGUUCAUGCUCUACGUGCUUCCCCACAAAUUUUCACAAAUAUAGAUACAGUUUCUCAACCUCUACGUUUCUGGAUUUUUUUCUCGGUGCAGUAUGAUCUCUCUCUUCUGAUUUCUCUUGGAUCUAGAUUAACUUAAACUCUAAAGCUGGUCAAAACUUGAAAUGGCAAAAGGAAGCAAGGGACGUCGCAGGAUGGCUUCCCGUCAAUUCAGGUCAAGCCCAUACCCGCUGCCUUGUAAGCGGGAUUUCCCAGAGGAUUUGUGCCCAAAGAAUUGUGUCAGCGCUCUGGAUAAGAAGUACUGGGAAGAUGCAACAUGCUCUGUAUGCAUGGAGUACCCACAUAAUGCUGUUCUUUUACUUUGUUCAUCCCAUGAUAAGGGUUGUCGUCCCUAUAUGUGUGGUACGAGCCUACGAUAUUCCAACUGCCUCGACCAGUACAAGAAUGCUUACACCAAAGUAAUUUCAUCCAACCAUGAACAACCAGUAAGCGCCUCAAUCGAUAACUCAGCUGUUCAACAGGAUUCAAGUUUUCUGGAUGAAAAGCAUGAAGUGACUGAGCUUGCUUGCCCCCUCUGCCGUGGACAGGUGAAAGGAUGGACUGUGGUUGAGCCUGCUCGUGAAUAUCUGAAUGCAAAAAAGAGGAGCUGCAUGCAGGACAGCUGCACGUUUGUUGGAAAUUACAAGGAAAUAAGGAAGCAUGUGAGAUCGGAGCACCCAUCUGCAAGGCCACGAGAGGUGGAUCCCAUACUUGAACAAAAAUGGAGAAGACUUGAGCGUGAGCGUGAAAGGAAUGAUGUGAUGAGCACAAUCAGGUCGACAAUGCCUGGAGCUGUGGUCUUUGGGGAUUAUGUCAUAGAAGGAAAUAAUUUUGGAUUUGAUUCUGAUGAAGAGGAAGGGGGAUUCACUGCAAAUGCUGCGGAGAGGGAUGGGGGCUUCGAGGUGGGUUUUGAUAGUAAUUUGGUGAAUGUGUUUCUUCUGUUACAUGCUUUUGGUCCAUCAAGUAGCGACCUCAACAGACGGCUUAGACAGCCGGAUAGGAUGAUGUUCUCUCCUAGGUCAAAUGAAGGUGCUACAGCUACAGGUAUUCCCGACACCACUCCACUCAAUAGUUUUGGUUCCAUCAAUCAAGACAGUGAUCAUGGAAGUGAUGAUGAUGACAAUGACAAUGACAAUGGUGGCGGUAUGUCAUUGGUUAGCCGCCUCCGACGCCAUGGGAGGGUGCUGUUGGGACGUUCGGGUAGGAGACGUAGGCAUAGAGAAAGCAAUAGCCAUAGAUGAUGAAAUUGGGGACAGAAAGGAGGGGUAGGAAACAUUUCUCUGGUACAUAGCUUAAAAAAAAGAACAGGAAGUUGAAAUUUUAAUAAGGAAUACGAGCCAUGGAAUUUGCCACUAAAAUUUAUCACAUUGUCCCGUCUCAUUGGGAAGAUGAGAAGAUGGCAGGUUAGCCUGUCUGUAAUUUAUUGUCAAUUGUAUAAUUUCCUGAUUACCUUAUCCUCCUGUUGAUGAAUUAUCAUUUGCUUGAGAUUACUUGUAAUCAUCUGAAAUUAAUGUAUCUUCUAGACAUUGGUUCAUUACAAAGUCAUUAGACUAAUGACACACCAAUUUGUUUACAUA